GUAUGUUUUUCACUAACACGUGUUACGAGACACAGGAAAGCGGGUAGCAGGGCAGAUCUCUAAGCUGCGUUGGUCAUAAAAACGAUUUAUUUAGUUUAUUUGGUCAGCUUUAGCCUUUUUCUGUUCACGUAAAUAGUACUCUCCUCCGUGAAGCUAUUGCCGAGAGGACCUGUGUGUAUCUAAGUUAGUCACCGGCGCAAACGCAACAAACACGAUGACUGAAGCUGAAGUGAACCCUAAAGCCUAUCCUCUGGCAGACGCCACGCUCUCCAAAACCAUUUUGGACCUUGUGCAGCAGGCGUCGAACUACAAACAGCUGAGAAAAGGGGCCAAUGAAGCCACUAAAACUCUUAACCGUGGGAUUUCUGAGUUCAUUGUGAUGGCGGCUGAUGCUGAACCUCUGGAGAUCAUUCUACACCUGCCGCUGCUGUGUGAGGAUAAGAACGUGCCGUAUGUCUUUGUGCGCUCUAAACAAGCUCUCGGACGUGCAUGUGGAGUGUCAAGACCUGUCAUUGCCACAUCAGUCACCAUCAAAGAGGGAUCGCAGCUGAAACCUCAGAUUCAGUCUGUGCAGAUGUCUAUUGAAAGACUCUUAGUUUGAGCUCAUACCUUUUACGCCUUUGCUUUCAGGUUUUUUAAACAGUGAUCUCUUUUUUUACUUUGUUUUUGUUUGUUUUUUCUUGCAUGCUAAAAUUAAGCAAUGUUGAGUAUGAUCCUCAGUUUCUGACAGCCGAAAUAAAGUUCGGUUAAAAUUAAAUUUGUUUGGUUGUUUGUGCAGUAUGAACAUUUAUCAAACCCAUCUAACAUUUUUAAAUGCUGGCUUUUUUUUUUUUUAAAGUAAAAUGGUCUUCUAUUUUCUGGUGUUAUCUAAUGCUAACUGGAGAAUGUUAUUGCAUUUUUUUUCCAUAGUAUAUAUAAGUACAAUAAAUACUGACAGAUGCCCACAA